AUGAAAUACGGGAUAUUUGUAUUGCUUCUAUUUAGAGUUUAUAGUCAAAACAUAAUAACUUCGAUAAAAAAUUAUACAAAUGGAAUAAUAUAAUCUUAAGUCACAUAAUAAAAUUUAAUGGAAAUAGCUCCUUUGUUAUUACCUUUGGGAAUCAUAUUUAUCUUAUUAUUUUAGUUAAUAAAAUAUUGUUUCAGAAGACAAAUAUUAUAUGAUUAAUUACCUUAAAGUGAAUAAUAAGCUAAUAAAAAUAACAAUAAGAAAAUAAAAAUACCUAUUAAACAUAAAUUACAAUUGAUUUUAAUGAGAUAUUAUUGUUAAUUGAUGAGAUUAUUGACUAUGUGA